AUGUCUACAUUUUUUUCGCGAUCGUCUACUUAUGAUCCAAGAAAAUCCUGCGAUAGAACAUCAACAAGUUUAUCUGAGGAUACAAAACCUUCAUCGUCUAGUUUACCAACACGACAACCUAGAACUUCUGUUUCUACACGCGCCGGACGCGAUAAUAAUUCACUCAUGGUUGCUAUAAUUGAGGGUAGAGGCGUGGCUAGCGAAAUUGGAAUGUGUUUUAUAAAUCUAAGAACAACUGAAUGUAUUUUAUCACAGAUCGCUGACUCUCAAACAUACAUAAAGACAUUACACAAAUUAAAUCUUUUUGAUCCGACUGAGAUCGUGUUAUCUCAAACCGCUUUUGAACCUUCCAAAUCCAAGUUGUGUAAGGUUCUGGAGGACAAUGUUCCAAUGGCCAGCAUCGUAUCUAUUGGAAGAAAAUACUUUAAUGAUGCGAUUGGACUUAAUUACAUCAAACAAUAUGGUUUAGAUGAUGAUUCUGCUUCAUUGAUAUUGGGCAUUACAUCAAAAUUUUAUUGUUUGGCGGCAACCGCUGCAAUAUUUAAAAUAUUAUCUUUACUUGUCAUUCUAUCAAAUUCAAGUAUCAAGGGUGCGAAGGAUACUUUCUUUGCUAUUCAAACUGCUCUUAGGCCAUUUCAGGAUAUAGAUCAUUUAAUUACUGCGUUGAUUCAAGUUCCAAAGAAGCCUUCGAUUAAAUAUGCAGAACAAAGCAUUAAUAAUGUGAUUUUACUAAAAUAUACAUUGAGAUCAAUUCAAUUGCUAAAAGAAUCAUUUACCGGUAUUCAGAAUUCAUUAUUGGAUGCGAUUUGUGCGCUUCUUACGGAUUCACGGCUGGAUGCUUUUGAAGAACGUAUUAAUGAAGUUAUUAAUGAAGAUGUUACGUAUGUGAAAUCACCACUUGCACUUAGAAAUCAGCGAUGUUAUGCUGUCAAGGCGGGGUUUAAUGGUUUGUUGGAUGUUGCUAGACAAACUUACAAAGAAGUAGUUGAUGAUUUAAAAGUCCUGAUAAAUUCCUAUUGUGAACAAUAUCAAAUGUCUAUUAAGACGCAAUUCAGUUCAGCGACUGGGUUUUAUUUGUCAAUCAAUAUUGAUCAAUUAGAAGACAGACAACUUCCACUUAUAUUUAUAAACACGAAAAAGAAAAGAAAGAGUCUGACCUUUACGACAUUGGCAAUCGUGAAAAUAAAUACCAAGAUCAAUGAUUCGUUAACUGAAGUAUAUUUGAUGUCUGACAAAACAAUUGAGGAUUUGAUUUCAGAAAUUCGCGGUGGUAUUGGUGUACUAUACAAGGCUUCGGAAUCCAUUGCGAUGUUGGAUAUGCUAAUUUCAUUUGUACAUCAAUGCACUGUGUCAAACUAUGUUCGACCAGAAUUCACGGAUACUUUGGCCAUAAAAGCUGGGAGACAUCCAAUGCGAGAAAGUUUAGAUAAUGACACGUUUGUACCUAAUGAUACUUAUGCAAGCAAUGCCACAAGUUUUCAAUUAAUCACCGGACCGAACAUGAGUGGAAAAAGCACUUACCUGAGACAAAUUGCCUUAAUGAGUAUUAUUGUGCCUGCAGAAUAUGCAUCCUUUAGAGUUGUAGACCAGCUCUUUACGCGAAUUUGUAACGAUGAAAAUAUUGAAAAUAAUGCCAGCACAUUUGUGAUUGAAAUGCGUGAAACAGCAUACAUUUUACAAAAUGUAACUGAUGAUAGUUUAGUGAUUAUUGAUGAACUUGGAAGAGGAACGUCUACACAUGAUGGAUUGGGUAUAACAUAUGCAAUUUGUGAAGAACUUUUAAAAACAAAGGCUUUUAUUUUUUUCGCAACACAUUUUCAUGAACUUACAAGAAGUUUAACUGUGUACCCAAAAGUUGUAAAUUUGCAUUUGGAAGUUGAAAUUAAUGAAGAAGAAAAUAGAUUACUAGCGAUGAAAUAUUUAUAUCGAGUCAAAGAUGGAAUAAACGACGAUGAACAUUACGGUUUAAAGUUUGGACAAAUUGUCGGUUUGCCACAAAAAGUUAUUACAAAGGCUUCUGAAGUUUCACAUAAGUUGAAAGACCUUAUCGAUACCAAUAAAGAAAAAUCGACUUCAAAUAAAAUAAUCCAACGACGAAAGAUAUUAUUACAAUUGACACAAUAUCUCUUACAAAUCAAAUGUUCCUCUAAUUUGGACCAGGACAGCUUAAGAAAAUACUUAAAAAUGGUUCAAGAAGAAUUUAUUGCAAAGAUGGAAGAAUUAGUUUAA